CUCAGCGGCUGCGCGCCCCUGGCGCCGCCCCCCGCCGCAGCGGCAUGGCGGGCUCCGCGCCGGGGCCGCCGGUGAAGGUGCUGGCGGCCCAGCUGCGGGAGGCGGUGCGGGGCGCCGGCGGGACGUGGCAGUUGGGCCGGGCGCAGGCGGGCCGGGCGCCGCUGCACCUGCGGGCCGUGUGGAUGCAGGGCACCGUGCUGGAGGUGAAGCGCGGCGGCGGGCGCGGCGGCUCGGCCCGGCUGCAGGACGGCAGCGGGCCCUUCACCGUGCUGGGGGUGGAGGAGGUGCCCAAAGGGCGGCCCUGCCUCAGCGCAGGGAAAUACGUAAUGGUGAUGGGUGUGGUGCAGUCCUGCAGUCCUGAGCCUGUUCUUCGAGCAAUAAAGAUGACAGAUCUUUCUGAAAACCCUGUGCAUAAGAAUAUGUGGAACUUUGAAGUGGAGGAUUUGCACAGAGUCAUCCCCUAGAUCGUUUUUCUUCUGUCUAAACUUGUCUACCUAAACCAGCUGUUUUACUUUGGGUGCUGAAAGGGUUCUUCCAUCUUCAGGGCUGGUGUCUGCCAUUCAGAACUGGCUCAAGCUGAAAUGAAGAAGAGAUGAAAUCCAGUCAAGGGGCUGGUAAGUAUUUAAAGGAUAGAAAGUAACAAGUGACAUGUAUGACAAGCUGCUAUUAUUCUGAAUUACAAGAAAUCUAUGAAGGGAAAAAUAGCAUCAGCUAUGUUUAUGACAUUGUCAAAAAGCUGUGGGAAAAAGUACUCUAGCAUUUUAGAUAGAGUUUUAUCUUGGAUAUGCUAUAUUGAAAUACAGAGGUAAGGGUCUUUCUUCAGGUUUGAUGAUAAAAUCACGUGUAGGAGGGAAAGAGUAGCAUUAUUACUAAAGUUUAUAGGCUCUGGCUAGUUCAGCUAUCCGAUGGAAGAUCUUGGACAAGAACGAAUUUCUAGAAAGUAGUGCAGAGGUAGCUGUUACGGCUGAAGCGUUCUCUUUGUUUCUCAUGACCAUAGAUGGCUGUUGGUUAUGCGUGACUAGCCUGGCUGUUGCAAACUCUUUCACAAUAUCAAACCAAAUUCUCUUAGUGCAGUUUGGUCUGUUAUACUUCCCUCUUUAGUGUGUUUACAUAUUUAAAGACUUACUCAGCCCUUCAGUUAUUCCCCACAGAGAGACCUCAGGACUUCCUCAGCUGGUUCACAACUUAAUUAAAACAUGAUGUCCAAACUUGGGAUGCGUAAAGUAAGCUGACUAGGGAAGAAGUCUUUCUUGUCUUAAAUGUGUUUAGUCACGUGUACAUCCCCGGUAUGCUGUGCUUGUUCAUAGCAUGUUACUGCUGUGAACUGAGCUUGUGAGCCACUGGAACGCCAAUCCCUUUCCCCAGAAAUGAGAUAACGUAAACUAGCAGCACUCACUGACUUCAGUCUUUUGGCUACCAAGCCAUUCUAAAACUGUUUCCAGCUGAAUAUUCAGGCUCAGAUGUAACAAAAUUUGUCUCUGUAUUUCAUACAUGUAUGUUGAAGAGUUCUACUGGAGCUAAAACAGUGUUCUGCAUACAAGAUACUCCCCAGAAAUUUCAUGGCCACCUACUGCUUACGCUCUGGGUGAUUUUAUGGCUAAUACAGUCAUCUACAGAUACUUGAUAGUUAUUCCCUUCCAUAAUGGGUGAGAAGUGAAUGAGUAAGGCAGAUAAUGACAUGUGCCAAUAUUGCUGCAUGUGGGAGCGUAUGCAUGUGGUGCACUUAGAAACUGAGCAUUCUUUUUCUAGGAUUUUAUUUUAUGGCUAAUACAGUCAUCUACAGAUACUUGAUAGUUAUUCCCUUCCAUAAUGGGUGAGAAUUCAGCAAAUACUUGCAAAUAUUUUUUUAAGCCUACCACAAAUAUAUUUGUAGUCACCAAAUGAUUCCCUUGAGUGAGUUUACAAAUGUAAAUGAAUAUAUGCAAUAGUCAUCACAUAUAUUACAAAACCCACCCUGUUUUCUAAUUAUGCUUAGCAAAGCAUGGUGCGUAAAGUUAGGAAUGUAAACCCAAGGGCUUCAUUUCAAGUAAAAGCAUAACUGGCUCAUUUGCAUGAAUCUGUCAUUUACUUAGAGUAAAUGUUUCCAUUGCAGUCUUGUAAAGGUGUAAUUACAUCUUUAGUUAUCACUUGAUCAAGUGUAUCAGUCAUUGGUAUGACUGAUAGUUUGUAUGUGUGUUUCCUUUAAUGUUCUCAUUCAAUAAAAAGUUAUAAGCAUAUAGCAAAUGUCAGAGAAGGCUUUCUGCUUUUUUUUGUCUAAGCUAGUAGUAACAGAAUGCAGAUGAAUAAAGUGUUUUGGAGAUA